AUCAAAAUCUUCGCAUCUUCAUCAAAAUUCCCGGGAUUCCACUCCCAAAACAUCUACGUCCACCUUAUACCCAAGCUCCAGCACAACUCCUUCAUUAUGUCCCUCCAAACCCGUGUCCUGGCUGGUAUCACUGUCCCCGACACCCCUCUCAUCACCAAGGCCAUCGCUUUCGCUCGUCGUCAUAUGGACGAUCAAGGCUACAAGCAUGUCGUUCGCUCCUGGUUGACCGGUCAGGCCAUCAUUUCUCACCUCCCUCCUCCCGCUCAGCAAUCCAUCGACCUGGAAGCCUACGCUCUAUCAACCAUCUUGCAUGAUCUAGGCUGGUCUAAGAGCCCCGAGCUCAUAUCCAAGGACAAGUGUUUUGAAGUCGAUAGUGCCAAUGCCGCACGAGAAUUCUUGCUUCGCGAGGGCGAAGCUUCGGAAUGGAAUAAACACCGGAUUCAACUUGUUUGGGAUGCUAUUGCCCUGCACUCGUCUCCCCAAAUCGCUGCAUUCAAGGAAUCUGAAGUCGCGCUUGCUAACGCGGGGAUCUUUACAGAGCUUUUGGGUGUCGAUGUCAGCAAGCAGCUCAUGGGUGGUGUAGUCGGGAUGAGCCAACAGGAAUUUGAUGGCAUUGCGAAGGAGUUCCCGCGAGAGGGGUUGAGAGGGUACUUGAGGGAGAUUAUGUGUGGACUUUGUAGGACGAAGCCGGAGACCACAUAUUUGAACUUUGUGAGUGGGUUCGGUGAGAGAUUCGUCGAGGGGUAUAGUCUGGAGGGAAAGAAGGUCGUGGAUAUGAUGGAGACGUACGUAACAGAGUAGGCUUGGUUCAAGAGAGAGGGACUCGCCCAGGCUUUCCCGGUCAAUCUAAAGGGGUGUUUGUCCUAAACACAGAUCAGCACUCUAUUUUCUACCGCAGGUAACGCUUCUGCCCCUAAUAUCGCCACCACUUAGCCCCUCC